CAAGUGAAACAAAAACGGGAGAAGAGCUUCAGCUGACCUCGGCCUGGGUAUAUAAGGAUCCGCCCCAGCUCACUGCUUCUAUCCUCAGCCCAUCCUCAUUCGACCAACAUGAAGCUCGUAAUUUUCGUCUGCCUGGUCGUCUCCGUGGUCUCCGCCGCGCAGUUUGGUCAACAGUUUCCUCGCUAUGAUCGACCAGACUACCGUCACAUCGCCAUCCUGAGAGACAACCGCCACGACAGUGGCGACGGUAACUUCAACUACGAAUUCGAGACCGAGAACGGCAUCUCUGUGAGCGCUGUUGGUCGUCCGGGCUCCAAGGGUCAGAGCAACAUCCAGGGUUCCUACAGAUUCACUCUUCCCGACGGCACCCCAGCUGAGGUCCGCUACAUCGCUGACGAGUUCGGCUACCGCGCUGAGUCCCCACAAAUCCCAACGCCCCAUCCACUCCCCGCCCACGCCAUCGAGCAGAUCCGCAUCGCCGAGGACCAGCGCCGACGAGGGAUCGUCUUUAACUAACACACGAGACGGAACACAACAUAGCAUAGAAAACUUGAAGCUACAAAAGGACUGGAAGACCAGCAUGACGAUGGAUGAGUUAGCAGCUACAUCUACC